UAUUGUGUGCCGGCAACGGCAAUCGAUGAAAAAGGAUACGCGGACGCCGCGGAACAAGAACAUUUUAAACACUUUAAACUAGAACACGAUGGACGAGGAUCUGGAGUUCCGAGACAUGGUGCUGAAAAAGCUGGAAGAGAGUGGCUCCUUGUUGAGCAUUAAGGCAAAAUUACGCGCCUUGCUGUACCACAUAAUUGAGAACGAACGCAACACGGCGGGCGAUCAGCAAAGCAACGAGAGCGACAUCACUUCCAGCAGUACCUUUGAGAAAGGCACGGAGACGCAGCUGGACAACAAAGCGUUAGCUUUGGAGUUGGUUCUGGAUAUGCUGACGAGCCUAAAUCUGCAGUACACGAAACAGGUGCUGUGCGCGGAGGCCGGCUACACCCACGCCAGUGCGGCCACUCGCGAAUCCCUCUCCCGACAGUUGGGGCUGAAGCCGAUUAGUGAUGCUGCUGCCACUGCGGAAAAUUCGCAGGAUCAGCCUCUUCUGGUGACGCUGGUCGAACGGCUGCGAGGAGAGGUAGCUGAGAACAGUUCCGAAAUCGAAAGCAUCACCAACGACCAACCCUCCAUCGAGCGGGACUGCACGAGUACGGGCACGAAAACGGAAAACGCCGACACUGUGAGCACUCAGGAUGAGGAGACUAACUCGUGAAACCGU